GAAAUUUCUUUGAAACAUAAACAAACAAAGUCCCGUAGUGAACAAAACUUUUGGAAUCACCUAGUAAACAAGGCGGGAAAAUCGUUGAGGAUUUUUGGAAGAUCAAGAUUUAAGGACACUUCAAACCUAAAAGUUCAUUUGCUAUAUUGGACAGUUAGUAGAAAAAUAUUCUCUCAAACGGAAAGAAAUCAUCGUCAGGUUUUCAGUGCUAUUUUCACAGUUCCAUAACACGCUCCAUGGAAGAUAUGGACGGUUGGGAGGAAGGUAAACCAUGCGUUGAGCUGCUCAUAGAACAUGUUCCGAGCGGCCCGGAGAGAAUGGACGAUUCGGAGGAAACUAAACCUAGCGUUAAAUCUUCUGCGAAACAAGCCACGAGCGUUCACACCACGAAGAGUAAAAAUGUAUGCAUAGUCCCUGGAUGUUAUACACGGUAUGGCCACGGUUAUUCAUUCCACAGGUUUCCCAAAAAGGAGGAAAAGAAACGAUAUGACCUGUGGCUGGCCAGACUGCGAUUGGUGUAUGAACCGUCUCCGACGACAAAUGUUUGCAGCUCACAUUUUAGCAGUGACAACUUUGUUCCUCCAUCUCGAAGAAGGAUCACCAAACGGGUGAUACUGAAAAAUACAGCUGUACCGGAUAUAAAUCUACCUCAACCGAAAACUGACCCAAGAAAGGAAAAAAUAGCUAAGAAACGUGCUGAGCGAGUAGCCAGGCGGAGUGAAAUCAAACUAGAGGACAAUCACAAUAAGGGAUUUGGAACGGAUAUAAUAGAAACAGUGGAAUUGGUGGAAGCAGCUGUUCAGGUGAACACGCUUGAUUGGGAUACACUUUUUCUGAAUCGCCGCAGAAAGACGGCUGUUCGCUUCAAAACCGAUUCGGAAUUGAACUGCUGGACCGGGUUGACUUCCCUCAAAAUGUUGAAUACCAUCGUUGAAGGUUUGUGCUCGUUGGCCGCGUAUAAAAAGCGAUCACGCCCUAUUAUUUGUGCGGAAGAGGAAGUGCUUGUGGUGUUUACGAAAAUGAAAACGAAUAUAUCGGUCCGUUGCCUGGGAACUCUCUUUAACCUGCAUUACCAGACUGUUUCGGCAGUGAUACAUCGGACAGUUCCAUUGCUGAAAAUGAUGUGCACUGCCUUAAUACCAUGGCCAACACAGGGAGAAAUACACCGCAACAUGCCACACUUUUUCCGGCCAGAUUUUACGGAUGUUGUCGCUGUGCUCGAUUGCAUGGAAAUUCCAAUCAAAAAACCAAAAUGUCUCCACUGCAGAAUCAACGCAUAUUCGCAUUGUAAAGGACAUGAGACUGCGAAGUACUUGAUUACCGUUACACCGGGCGGGACGAUAUCCUACGUGAGUCGUGGAUACGGCGGGAGGGCUUCGGAGAACCAAAUAGUUGUGGAGGAAAAUAUGCUUGGGAAGUUCAGAAUGGGUGAAGCACUGAUGGCCGAUGACAGAUUCAGCAUAGAAUCCGAAUGUGCUCCCUACGGAGUAAAGCUCGUGCGACCGCCUUUUUUAACCGCUCGUCGAUAUCAGUUUAACGGAAAGGAUGCUCGUGAAGGUGUGUCCAUAGCCGCGGCAUACACCCUCUAUGUGAAACGAGCUAUGCAACGCAUAAAAAUGUUCGAAAUAUUCAACAACGAAAUCGAUCCACGAUUUCUUCCCUUUUUGGAUGAUAUGAUAUACAUUGUCUGUGGAAUAGUCAACAUUUCCAAGCCGUUUUUGUUAAACAUGCGUCUUUAG